AUGGCUCCUGGCAUUACUGAAAAUAUCUGUCCAGAAAACGCGUCAAUCGUAGACACAAUGUCUAUUACAGCAAAGACAAAGGGAGCUACAGCCAUCAAGGAGAAGUUUGCAGCUUUCCGCAAUCUAGUGCCUCUGACUUCUCAACCUGACGUCGUUUUCCUGAAUGCCUCCUACGCUCCCCCUUCCAACCUCAUUGUCCACGAGGCAUUGACUACGUACUCGUACGAAGCGCUGCGUUGUCCUCACCCCAAGCCCCACUGGCAAGCGGCCGCUGAAGAACUGCGAGGUCUUGUGGCCAAAUAUGUCAACACGGAACCUACCAACAUUGCCUUUACACGCGACACGACCGAGGGUCUCAGCGAUUUCAUCCGAUCCGUGCCUUUGAGUGCUGGCGACAAUGUCGUUGUUCUCGACACGGAGCAUCCCAACCACGUGUAUGGAUGGAUGGCACUGCGCCGCCUCGGCGUCGAAGUCCGCCAGGUACCUACCAUGGCGGAAGCAGAGAGAACGGGUCAGGUGGUGGCCGCGACCGCUGAUACAUUUGCCCCCUGGGUGGACGGCAGAACCAAGGCCAUCGGUCUGAGCUCCAUCAUGUUCCACAGCGGCCAGAGAAACGAUGUUGCGGGAAUUUGUGCCGCCUUUCGUCCCCGAGGCAUCCACGUGCUGUUGGAUGCGACGCAGCAGGUCGGGUUUGCAGCUCUUGACGUGCAGAGUCUGGGCGUUUCGGCCGCGGCUUUUAGUCUGCACAAAGGUCUCAACUGCCCUACGGGCCUGGCUUGUUUAUAUGUUGACCCUGCCGUGAUGGCGGAAUUUGACCCGGUGCCUCCCACUGUCGGAUACGGCGCUGUCGAGAAUACCCGGGCAGACCUGUUGGUUCCGGCGGAUGCCCUGGUGUACCACCCUACUGCUAGCAGAUUCGAUCAUUUGAACAUUAGUCUAUCUGCAGCAGUGGCCGGUAGAGCCUAUCUCAAAUUUUAUCUUGAAUCGUUGGGGCCCAGCGAUGUUGAGGAUUACUUGUAUGGACUUGGUGAUGAUCUCCGGAAAGAUUGCGCCGAGCUCGGUAUCGACAUUGUUGGUCCCGCAGACCGCAAGGGGCAUGCGCCGCACUUGUAUAUCCUCAAGCUUUUGGAUCCAGCAUGGGUAGAGUUGCUGAGAGAUCGGGGCAUCUAUGUGACGCAGUACCGUCUGGGCAUACGGGUUUCUCUGGGAUUCUACAACAAUGUCAGUGAUAUUGAAAGCCUAACAAGAGUUCUCCGGGAAGGCAUUUCAAAGGGUCUUCCUACCAUGUAA